UUUUAUAGAUUUAGAUUUGUGUGCGCGUUUAUACAAUUAUGUAGCGAACGGAUAAAUGUAAUCGUCGUCUCAUUGUACGUUGUUCUACAAUUACGUUGCCGAGUUUAAGAGCGCAAUAAAUAAAUAUAUAAAACAAUAUACAUGCACGUAAACUUAAGAAAAUAUCCGACGGAAAUUACUUAUGAAUUAUUUUAAUACUUCAAAUAGAGCAAUAAGACAAAAAGUUUAUUCGAUAAUAAUAUAUUAUUCCUGUUCGUAUAUAAUUAUUGAUGAAAAUAGAUAGAAAUGAAAAAGGAAAGAUAAUAAAUAUUGAUAGUGCUUGGUGUUUUAAUUCACAGUGCAUAUUUAAAAUCAAAUAAUCAAAAUCCAAAUAAAGAAGUGUUUUGAAUGUAUAAAGACCAAAGAACGUAUGUUUUGUGGUACUAAUGACCACAAAGUACGAUUGACUGCGUGCGUUUUUAUCGUACGUUUUGGGAACCGCAGGUAUGCCAAGACCAUCGCGCGAAUCAUAUGGUGAUCAAAAGCCUCCAUAUUCAUAUAUAUCCUUGACUGCGAUGGCUAUUUGGAGUUCACCAGAAAAGAUGCUACCUUUAAGUGAUAUUUAUAAAUUUAUAACAGACCGUUUUCCCUACUAUCGCAAAAAUACACAACGGUGGCAGAAUUCAUUGCGACAUAAUCUUAGUUUUAACGAUUGUUUUAUCAAAGUCCCUAGAAGACCUGAUAGGCCGGGAAAAGGAGCGUAUUGGGCUUUACAUCCGCAAGCAUUUGAUAUGUUUGAAAACGGAAGUUUAUUAAGGCGAAGAAAAAGAUUUAAGCUGCAUAAGAACGAUAAAGACAUAUUAAACGAAGAACUUGCUGCUCUUGCAAAUCUAAACAGAUUUUUCUUUACAACAACUGCACAUCACAGUGGUACAAUAGGAACUACAAUGCCGACUUUAGACGUAACACCGACGUCUUUAAUAGCGGAUACAAGUUUUUACGUCACAAGAAUGCAAUCAGCAAAUAUUGCGCUACAUUCCUCCCCAAAUUCUGCGAUUCAACAUAUUCAUGAUGUAAUUUCACCGACGGUGUUAAAACACCAUAGCAAUCAUUCAGUUUCCUCUAUGCCAACAUCCACUGUAACAUCAACGACAAUUCUUCCGCAGCAUCCGUCUCCCUCAUCAUCUGCUAUUGACACAACUAUGCAAUUUAAUAGUUACCGUCCAAAACGGGCAUUUACUAUCGAAAGUCUUAUUACUCCAGAUAAAAUCAAUGAUUCGUCUACUGAAGACAGUUUGAAUGGAGAUGAUCGAACCGAUGAUAUAGAUGUUGUUGACAAUAGUAGCAUACUAGUUGAUGAUUCACACCCCAUAACAAUGAUGGCUUCUCCUGAUUCGUCCAAAAAUUCUACAAAUAAUAAAAAUCCACCGAUUGAUGAUACAUACAGACCUUUGCCUCCACUACAUACAAUAACAGCUGCAGCAAAUCUACCCUUUUUGCAAUAUACAACUGGUGUCAAUGUCACAACAACCCAAUCGAAUAUGCCUCAAUGUUACGAUAUUCCCGCCUCUCAUCCGAUGCUAGUAAUGACAAAUCCAAUGAGCAACCUUCAUCAGACUUAUUAUUCAAAUAUAAGUAUACCUAUAUCAGUGUCCAAUGUUCACCAUACAACUGCCGAUAUCCAUCACCACCGCCCUAAUUCAACCUUAAGAACUGUGUAGCAACCUAACUCUACUAUAGUAUUAUAAAUGGUAUAUAAAACUUCUAGUUCCUAAUAUUAAGUGUUUAGUAUCAAAAACAUUCAACAUGUUAAUGUUAAAACUCCAAAUGUAUAGAAAUAUAUUCUUGGGAUUAUAUGAACUUUAUAACAUGUUUCCAACAUUCGUUUGUACGUACAUUUCGAAUAGCGAACUAUAAAUUUGUUUACAUCGAGUAUCGAGUAUAUAACGAACAAAAACAUAUUUAGUACUUAGUUUAAUAAGCAAAUACAUAUGAAUAAAAUUAAAUCAGAAACAAAUAUCUUAAAAAUCAUGUAUGAAAACUACGACUAUAUUCGAAGAUGUACAUUGUACAUAUCAUCACCUGAAAUGCAAAAAGUCGAAUCAAUAGUUUUCAAAAUUUCACAGGAGGGACAAAAAUAUAAAAAUUACAUUUUCUUGCCUGUAUUACAUUCCAACAGCAAUAAACACGUUUUAAAAUAAAUGUGCCGCCAGAAAUAUUUACAUAUUUUACUUGCGGAGACAAUUAGUUUUUUUUUUAUAUUUUGAUCCAAUGGACCACUUGCAAUAAAAAGACUAUGAUCGCUUUUGCAUAUCAGGUGUUUAUAUAUACUACUUUUCUAAUUUUUUUAAGAAAAAAAUUUAUCAACCUAGAAAAUCCAUUAAAGAUUUAAAGAAAUGUAAGAUAUUUGAUUAUCUAUAAUGUUGAAUAAAUGUUGAUAAAAUUAGAACAUUUGUCUAUCAUUGCGUAUAAAAUUAGUACUUAACUAUUGUUAUAUUUUGUGUCUUCUCUGAGAAAAAAUAAUAAUUACUUUUAAAUGCAAAAAUUAAAAUGUUUCGCUACAAAAUUGCAAACAGUGUGACCAGGUCUCAAAAAAUUUCGCGGCUAGAUUCUAUCCAAAAUAAUGCUAAAAAUAAAUUUAAGGCCAGAAGCAACUAAUUAACAUUUGUAACUCUCU